AAAUUAGAAAUGUGGGUCAUGUGACCGUAGGGGUGAAGUCUAAAUACCAAGAUAGAUAUCAGUUGCAGUGGCGAAAUAAAUGUGGACAACAGCAUGACCGCUGAGAUCACCGGUUCUAAAAAGUGGUUUGUGGUUUUUGGGUGUUUCUUUGUUAAUUUUACACUGGCGGGUAUUCAGAGAUCCGCGGGUGUCUUAUAUGUGGCUCUCAUGGCACAAUUUGGCACCAACAGAGAACAGGCAGCUUGGCCGGGAGGAGUAUACAGCAUCCUAGUUUCUCUUGUUGGACCCGUGGCCAGUUUGUCCAUACAUUAUUGGUCUUUGCGUUACGUUGUCUUUCUGAGCACGGUUCUUUCGUCGGUGGGUAUUAUUUUUUGUUACUUUGCCUAUAACAUCACUUACGUCACAUUCUUUUAUGGGGCUAUGCCGGGUAUCGGAAACGGGAUCAUCAUCACGUUAACACACGUGGUGAUUAAUCGUCACUUUCAUAAGAGAAGAGCGACUGCCGCUGGAUUAGCAUACGCGGGCUCUUGUAUUGGGUCUUUCAUCUUUCCACCCAUUACCGAAUAUUUUCUGGAGCAUUAUGGACUCCGUGGUACUUUUCUACUGUUGGGUGGUAUUGCGCUUCAUUCUAUACCCGGUUCAUUGUUUUACUAUCCCAGCGAGAGCGAAACUUUGCACGAAUCCCUGGAUUCUUCGCCGUGCAAACGAAAAAAAGACACUAUUAUAUGUAUCAAAGGUGAUGUGGCAUUGGUACAAUUGAAGAAGACCAAAGUGCAUAAUGGUUUCUCCAGCAAGUACCUAAAAUCUCUUACCGAUAUACUUAUAAAUCCUAUGUUCAUUAUCAUUUGUACGAGUUUUUCUAUUUAUUUUCUGGCUUCGGCCACGUAUUUGAUGAUCGUUGUGGAUUUAGCUCUCGACAAAUCCAUGGACGAGAAUCAAGCUGUGUUCCUUAUAUCGGGUUAUUCAUCCGGAGACUUAUCUGGAAGAUUAAUAUCUGGUUGGAUCGCCGAUUUGAAGUGUACAAAGAGAAAGUACAUCGUGCAGAUAACAAUGACCUUAAUGGCCAUCGUAGCGGCCAUAUUACCUUCUAUAAACACUUAUUGGUGGAUGAUGACCUUGUCCAUCUGUUUGGGAUUCGCUUCGGGAUGUACUCUGAUCAAUUUUUCUGCAUUGAUGACCGAAUAUUUGGGUAUUCGGAAACUUCCUCUAGCUAUCGGUAUGGCUACUUUAAUAUUUGGUCUGUUGGCGUGUGUUCGACCCAGUUUAAUAGGUUUCUUCAGGGAUAGAAGUGGAACUUAUGACAAUCUUCUCUACAUGUUCUCUGCCAUAUUAAUAUUUGCAUCAACGCUCUGGCUGUUCGAAUCUUUCUUCAAGAAACACAAACAGAAGAAUUCUCAAGCGGUUUAACUUUUGUAAAUAAUACGACAUAAGAAAAAAAACCUUGUAUAUUUGUGUAGCAAUAAA